AUGGUUUCGAUCAAGGGUCUGAUGAGUCUAGUCACAUCAAAUCCAAUUCCAGUCACUUUUCAAAUAAUCAAUGUAAAACCAAAACAAAAGUUUGCAAUAAAAUUGGACCCUAAUAUUAGCUUGAAGGCUACCCGAGAGGAAUUCAAAAAAUACGAAGAACUCAAAAAACAUGAAGAACCAAAGAUAGAAGAAUGUGAAUUUUUAUUCAAAAAUGAUGAGUCGACUAUAAUUUUAGAUGAAGACAAAUGGUCAAUAGGGGAAUGUUGGAACGAUCGUAUGGAAGUUAAUCUUAAAUGGAAUCCGCGUUGGAAAUUUUUUGUUAAUAAAUUUGAUUUAGGAUACGGAUACAAUGUUACAAAUGACAGAGCCGUGCGAGCAAAAAAGAAAGCAUUCAACAUAUCUGAUUGUAAAUUCACUGAGAGAAAUGGUAAAGAGGUUAAGAUCAAAAGUGACGAUUUGAAUUUUUUCUCUGAUUAUCACAAAUGUUCAAGGUAUUCAAAAAUUGAACUAGAAUUUAUUCGAGGACACGUAGAGAUCGUGAAAGAGUUUAGGGAUGCACUAGAUACAUUUAUCAAAUCCGGAGAUGUCAACAAACUUGCGGAAAUUAUAAGUGAUUAUGGUACUUUGAUUCCUACAACUAUCCAAUUGGGAUACAAGGUAAAUUCUUUCGAUCAUAUUGAUAAGGAGGAUGACUGGAUAGAUGAUCCGGGAGAAUGGGAACCAGUCGAUUAUCAGGGUCAAAAGAGUAUAUUUGAAUUAUUGGAUAGUAAUCUGCAAGAACAUCUGAUUUCCGCGAGAGGAGAUACAAUUCUCCAUGAAAGUGUCGAAGAAGAGAAUUUUGUAUUCUCCGAUACCACUAGGCAUGCUAUUAGACGCCUUGAUAUACCCUAUGACAUAUUAUCAACCAAUUUAAAGGUAUUUGCAACAUUAGUCAACAUGAAUAACGAUGACAAUAUGUUUACGUUUCGGCUUUAUCGCUCAGCUCCUGAUGAAUCCCACAAUAUUGUUAUUCAUUGUGUCAAACCUCUAGAAAAGAAAAGUGUCCAUAAUCUAAAAAUAGGCUGGAUAGCAGUUGGUUGCUGCCCACAUGUCAGAGACAUAACGAGACGCUUGAAUCAAAAAUCACGAAUACAUACAUUUCAUGAAUCUUUAUCAAGCAAUGAUCAAGGAACUCUUGAUUUUGAACUUAACCAUAUCAAACCGAAAUUAUUGAAAAACAUUACAGAUUGCGGUUUCGUGGGAAUUCUUGAAACGGAUAGUUUUGAAUUUUCAGAAAGAGCGUUAAUAGGUGGACAUCAUUUUUGUCAACAUGAUGAUGCCGACAAGAUUAGCGCGCAUAUCUUUGGUUAUUGUUUAAAAAAAUUAAGAUCUUGUAAAUUUUCAAAAAUUGCCAUUAAUAUAUUGUGCAUAUCGGAAUAUCAAGAAAAAGGAGCUUAUGGAAUAGAGCAUAAGUCAUCUAGAAAUCGACUAGACAAUGGUAUCUUGAGAUUUAUAAGUUUGAUCUCCAAAAUCAAAGAUGAUCAUUUGCAUAAUCUUAUCUGUCAAAAUCAGAAAGAAGUUUUUAGCAAGAGUCUCGAUGGAUUCAAAGAAUUCUUUUUCAGCGAGAAGUAUUGCAAUACAGAUUUUUCCUACUUUUAUUUUUCUCCUUUUACAAGGUCCAUGAGACAAAUUUUUGUUAGAGACGAUUCAAGAUCCCUACCGGAAAGCAAUGAGAAUACCAAUCGAACAGAGGAGUUUGAUGGCUCCGAUAAAUCUGAUUUAAUCUUUUUGCCGGCAAGCAAUGAAAAUACAUGCCAAACACGGGAGUCUGAUGAAUUGCUUGAUGAUUCCGAUAAAUCUUAUUCCAUGCUUUUUCCGGCAAGCAAUGAGAAUGCAUACAAGACAGGGGAGUCUGAUGAAUCGCUUGAUGAUUCUGAGGAAUCUGAUUCAAUCUCUCUUCUGGGAAGUAAUGAGAAUACAUUCCAAAUAGAGGAGUUCGAGAAAUCACUAGAUAAUGCCAUGAGAAAAGGAUUUAUUAAAUCGAUUGAUCAUCGUUCACUUGACAUGAAAUCAUCAAGAAAUGUUAAUGUUAAAAGUGCUUAUUUUAAAGACAAUACGAAAGUUUUCCUGAGAUUUCCAAAAGAGUAUGAUCGUCGCGUCCACUUUUUUAGAGAGGUGAUGUAUACCAAGUAG